GUCAUUAUAUUUUUGUGCAAAGUUGGUUCAGUGAUGAAUGAUUAUGAGGAAGUUUGGGUUGAAAAAGAAGAUACUAAUGUUGUAAUCCAGGAUAAAUCAUCACCUAAAGACUAUGAUGAGGAUUGUUUUUCAAGUUUGAUUGGAAGAUAUUCAACUUUAGAUAAUAAGCAAGAUAGAUCUGACAAAAAAAAACUUAAAGAUGAGGAGAUAGAAAAAGUAAGACAAUCAAGAGAAUUAAAUCCAUAUUUUAAAAACCCAUGCAAUAAAGUAGAUAUUUCUAACAAAACAAAUUCUACACCAUCAAUAAUUAUUGGGGAUGGAGGUGCAAGUUGGCUAAGGAAAUCAUUUAAAAGAGCAAAAGAACAAUCAGUUGACACAGGAAGACCUCUACAAGAAAUUAUAGCAGAGAGAUGGGGAUCAUUGGAAAAAUUUAAAAAAUUGCUUGAGGAAGCUGAGAAGAAAGAAGAUGUCUCCUAUGCAUCUGAUCAACCACCCUCAAGAUAUAUACAUAAUAAACAUGGUUAUAGCAAGUAUGAUAAACUUGGGAAAAAGGACAAAGAUUUGUUUAUAAAACCUACCAACGAUACAAAUUAUAUACUAAAUAAAAGUUUACACCAACAAGAAAGCUCAAAUUUAUUACCUGAAAACAGAACGUUUAAAUCAGCUGGAUGGAAAAAAAAUAAAGAAAAAUUGGAGGUUGCAGAAACACCAAAUGAAUCUUCAAUUUUAAAAAAUAUCCACACAACAAGUAAAAAUUUUGAAUUAAAUAUCUCAAAUGAUGAAGCAAUUGUUGAUGAAAUUAAAACAACAAUUCAUUACUCCAAUAUCCCAAAGAGUGGCAAUAGUUUUUUUGACCUCCUUUCUAACAAAGUUACAUCUGAUUUGAGACUUCAUCUUCUUGAACUCAAUAAAAUAGCGGCAGAGUACAUGAGAUACUAUAUCAAGUGUGAAAUAAGCAUUCCUGGAAAUAAUUUGAAUAAUGCAUCACUAGAUAUCAAUAGAGAAGGUAUGAAACAAUGGGGGUCCCUUUUGGAAAAAGCCAGAGAUAAAUACUUGUCACAGCCCAAUGAUCAUAAAAAUACUCAUGAUAAUUCGAACUUUAAUGAAAGGCAACAUAACAGGAAUUCUAGGGGAAUGGGUGGUCAAUAUUCAAAUAGAAAUGCUGGUUACAAUAAUAAUCGCCAAAAUCACAAGAAAACUUUUGCCAAUGCUAAAGCCUAUGCUAACGAAUACGAGAAUGGGGCAUCUGACCAACAUUUUGACAUACGUACUGGUGAAUUCGUCUCUGGAGAAAGCAAAAGACAAAAGCUUGAAAUGGAUAAUUCUAUCAAAGUUCAGAGGGACACCACCAUUUUGAAUUACAAACAAGCUGUGGCGUCCAUCGAAAAAUGCAAAUUAUGCUUUGAUAGCCCUCAAAUGAUAAAACAUUCCUUAGUCACUUAUGGAACCAAAAGUUACAUUGCCUUACCGGAUAGUGAACCGUUAGUUCCUUAUGAGUGCUACAUUUCUCCAAUGAAUCAUAUAACAUCCAUGCACGAUUUAGAAGAUGAUUGUUGGAACGAGAUGCAGAAAUAUAUGGAGCAUCUUUCCGAUAUGCUAGCAACGUUAAAACUCCAACCAAUAUUCCUGUACGGUUGCCUGGAUACCAAAAAAUUUUAUCACACUCGAAUAACUUGCGUUCCAGUGCCGAAAAAACUGGUUUCCCAAAUCCCCAUGUAUUUUAAAAAAGCCAUCUCGGAAGCCGAAUACGAAUGGAGCGACAAUAAAAAACUGAUCGACAUGAAGCAUCACCUUAACCCGUCUCGAGUUGUACCAAAAAAUUUGCCUUAUUUCGCUUUCGCAAUUAUGGAAGGUGAUAAAUCAUCUUCGACAUCUGUCAGUCAUAAUAAUGGUUACGCGCAUAUAAUCGAAAACCGGGCUGGAUUUCCUCAUUAUUUCGGAAAAGAAGUUUUAGGCGGGAUUUUGGAAAUAACUGAUACCAAUUUAUGGCGAAAACCUCGACAUCUAUCCUUCGAACAGUUGUCCAAAUCCGUGGUUGAAUUCAUGGGAUUGUGGAAGCCUUUUGAAAAGAAAAAGAUAUAAAAAAUAGAAUCAUGAAUUUAAAUCAAAUUUUAUUAUUUUUAUAAUGAUUUUCUUCGAAAAAUAAUUAUAAUAAAAGUAAUAUUUUGUCACAUGUCUAUCAAAUAUAAAUUUUUAUAUUUUGAAAAUUUUUAUUUAAAU